AUGUCUCCGUUCUUGCCUGUGCACGCAUCCGUGCACAAUUAUCUUGGUCAUGUGCACGUGGGGUGCGCGAGGCGUGUGCGCCUGAACGUGAAAGAAGUCUGGAGUCUUCUACUGAAGCCUACUCCAGACCUACUGAAGCCUACUCCAGGCCUACUGAAGCCUACUCCAGGCCUACUGAAGCCUACUCCAGGCCUACUGAAGCCUACUCCAGGCCUACCGAAGCCUACUCCAGGCCUACUGAAGUCAAUCCAGGCCUACCGAGGCCAAUCCAGGCCUACCGAGGCCAGUCCAGGCCUACCGAGGCCAGUCCAGGCCUGCCGAGGCCAGUCCAGGCCUGCCGAGGCCAGUCCAGGCCUGCCGAGGCCAGUCCAGGCCUGCCGAGGCCAGUCCAGGCCUGCCGAGGCCAGUCCAGGCCUGCCGAGGCCAGUCCAGGCCUGCCGAGGCCAGUCCAGGCCUGCCGAGGCCAGUCCAGGCCUGCCGAGGCCAGUCCAGGCCAAGCCGAGGCCAGUCCAGGCCAAGCCGAGGCCAGUCCAGGCCUGCCGAGGCCAGUCCAGGCCUGCCGAGGCCAGUCCAGGCCAAGCCGACGCCAGUCCAGGCCAAGCCGACGCCAGUCCAGGCCAAGCCGACGCCAGUCCAGGCCAAGCCGACGCCAGUCCAGGCCAAGCCGACGCCAGUCCAGGCCAAGCCGACGCCAGUCCAGGCCAAGCCGACGCCAGUCCAGGCCAAGCCGACGCCAGUCCAGGCCAAGCCGACGCCAGUCCAGGCCAAGCCGACGCCAGUCCUCAGUGUCCCUAUUUACUUUUUCACUGA